GCGGGGGCGCGGGGCUGGGCUUGGUGCGCCUGGGCGGGAGCCCGGAGCGCUCUGAGGGGGACUCCAGCCGGACCCCGGCGCCCCGCCCUCGACCACGCCCCCUUUCGUCCCGCCCCGCCCCUCGCUUUCGGCCGGGCCCCGCCCCCCGGGCAGCCCCCCGCCCUCGCGGCGGGCCCCGCCCCCUCCCCCAGGCCCUGGCUAGCAGUCCGGGGAAGGGACGGCGGGACGGGCGGGACGCGCGGGAGGGCGGACGGGGCGGGGACAUGGCCGCGGCGCCCGGAGGGUCUGCGCCGCCCGCCGGCCCCGGCCCGCGCCUGGCGUUCAGCACCGCGGACAGCGGCGUCGGCAUGAGCGGGCUGAACCCAGGUCCCGCGGUGCCCAUGAAGGACCACGACGCCAUCAAGCUCUUCGUGGGGCAGAUCCCUCGGGGCUUGGACGAGCAGGACCUCAAGCCGCUGUUCGAGGAGUUCGGCCGCAUCUACGAGCUGACGGUGCUGAAGGACCGGCUCACCGGCCUCCACAAAGGCUGUGCCUUCCUCACCUACUGCGCCCGGGACUCUGCUCUCAAGGCCCAGAGUGCACUGCACGAGCAGAAGACCCUGCCAGGGAUGAAUCGUCCGAUCCAAGUGAAGCCGGCUGCCAGUGAGGGCCGAGGAGAGGACCGGAAGCUGUUUGUGGGGAUGCUGGGCAAGCAGCAGGGGGAGGAGGAUGUCAGACGUCUGUUCCAGCCCUUCGGCCACAUCGAGGAGUGCACGGUCCUGCGGAGCCCCGACGGCACCAGUAAAGGCUGUGCCUUUGUGAAAUUCGGGAGUCAAGGCGAAGCUCAAGCCGCCAUACAGGGACUGCACGGUAGCCGGACAAUGACGGGCGCCUCCUCCAGCUUGGUGGUGAAGCUGGCGGACACCGACCGGGAGCGCGCGCUGCGGCGGAUGCAGCAGAUGGCUGGCCAGCUGGGCAACUUCCACCCAGCACCGCUGCCCCUCGGGGCCUGCGGGGCCUACACUACCGCGAUCCUGCAGCACCAGGCGGCCCUGCUGGCAGCCGCGCAGGGCCCCGGGCUGGGCCAGGUGGCCGCCGUGGCUGCCCAGAUGCAGCACGUGGCUGCCUUCAGCUUGGUGGCCGCCCCGCUGUUGCCUGCGGGGGCAGCCAACGCGUCGCCUGGCGGAGGCGGCCCUGGGGCCCUCCCUGGCCUCCCGGCACCAGUGGGGGUCAAUGGAUUCGGCUCCUUGAACCCCCAGACCAACGGACAGCCAGGUUCUGACACGCUCUAUAACAACGGGCUUUCCCCUUACCCAGCCCAGAGCCCCGGCGUGGCUGACCCCCUGCAGCAGGCCUACGCUGGGAUACACCACUACGCAGCAGCCUAUCCCUCGGCCUAUGCCCCAGUGAGCACAGCUUUUCCCCAGCAGCCUUCAGCUCUGCCUCAGCAACAACGAGAAGGCCCCGAAGGCUGUAACCUCUUCAUCUAUCACCUGCCUCAGGAGUUUGGGGACGCAGAACUCAUACAGACAUUCCUGCCCUUUGGAGCUGUUGUCUCUGCCAAAGUCUUUGUGGAUCGUGCCACCAACCAGAGCAAGUGUUUUGGGUUUGUUAGUUUUGACAAUCCAACCAGUGCCCAGACUGCCAUCCAGGCAAUGAAUGGCUUUCAAAUCGGCAUGAAGAGGCUCAAGGUCCAGCUGAAACGACCUAAGGAUGCCAACAGGCCUUACUGAUCUGCGCUCCCUGACCAAUCACAGACAGAAACUAAAGAGUGAGAAGAAAGAAAAGAGAAAAGCACAGAAAUGCUGGCGUGGCCGUUCCAGAAGGAGUGGCGGCAGACGGAGGUGGAUCGGACCCAGGGCUGGCGCUUGGGGCUCAGGCCACUCAUCAUGUGGGUUGUUCCACGGAGCACUCAAGCUGCAGGGCGACCAGUGCUGCCUGAGGAUCGACUGACCUAAGGGAACCAGCGAGGGCCUUGGGGGUGCCAAGGGCUUCUCAGCAAGGGAAGCCCAGACCUACUUCGUUCAAAAUCAUAUCAUUCCUUAGUAUUUAGGGACCAAAGGACUAUUGCUUUUUUAAGAAUAUAUAUAUAUAUAUAUAUCUAUAAAUUAAAACAAAGAAAAAAAAACAGAAGAGAGACAAAAAAGACAGUAUAGAGUCUCAUAAAAGCUGCCUUUAAGUAUCACUAGGAGACAGGGUGAAGGAGACCCUUGAUAGCCCCAGCCUAGGCCGAGGAGGCUGUGGAGAGAUUGUCCUGUGUCUCAUUCUUUCUUAAGCUACUCCCUUACCCUGCCCUUUGAAAAAGCGAUAAAGGAUAUGAAGUCUAGGCUCAUCUUGAAGCCACAAGAGGGUUAUGGAAAAGUGAGCCCACAAUCCCCAAACUCAGACAGUAUCCCUGAGAGGCCUCAGGAGGCACUGGGUCCUGCUCUGGCCUCUGCUCUCCUGGGCGGGCCCCAGCUUCAAAACUGGGAACCUGCCUUUGCUUCCUGACACUGUUUCCUGUGGCGCCUCAGCCUCCCCAGGCAGGAAGAAAGAGGGAGCCUUUUCCUUCCCAGUCCAGGUAGACUUCGACCUCACCCUGGGCUGAGCUGAGGAACCUCCUGUUUCCCCUCCCCUUGCGACUGCCCCCGUGUCCCCUUGCUCCAGGCCACCUUCUGUCUCUUAGUCUAAGUUUGCUCACCUGUACAGUAGACUCAAGGUAAACGUAGAGGGCUGUGACGACAGACGUGGAAGGCUUGCUGCUGUAAAUACUGCCAUUGAGAAGGGGACAAUUUUCACUACGUAGAAGCUUCAGAAUUAGCGGUCCCUCUCCACCCAGGACCUGGGAGGGAAGUAGAUGUUUUGCCAAAAUACUAAUUCAUUCCUUUAAAAAGUCCAUCUUUCCUAUGCAAGCGUGUCUCAGUGUGCUUACCCACGGUGCUUUUAGGUGGUGAGCUUAGACGUGGUGUGUGCUCUGUCUGUCUGUCCUUGUCUGUCUGUUGUGUACAGUGGGUACCAUAUAAAGCUGAUCAACGUGGUGCUUCCUUGCCUGCUUCUGGGAGAUGGGCAAACGACUCAGCGUAGAGCAUCCGCUUCACCUUGCUUCUCUCAGCCUCUCCUGGGCUGCGGGACCUUGAGCACGUUUUUUCCUGGGGGAACAAUUUAUAUUCCCAUUCUUUUUUUAAUUAUUAUUAUUAAUUACACUUUAUUCACUUUGUAUCCCCCCAUAAACCCC